AAGCGAUGUUCGGUCGUGAGAUGGAAAGGAGGGAAUUUAUUGUUUUCUUUACUCGGAUAUGGACGUAUAAAGAAAUCUCCUCAAAAUGAGCCUUCGAGGAGGCCUUUGUUUCCUCCGGAGGCUGCCUCUGCAGUGGCUGGUUGUCGUGGUGAUGUCCUCGACGGUGACAUCCUUCAAUGCGCCAACGAACCACCAGAACUUCCAGUUCACUAGAUCACAGUACAAUGGGACGAUCUUUGAGAACGCGAUGGGCAACACCUACAUCACAUCGAUGGUGAAGAUGGGAAUACAGAUUGUGGAUCCAUCGCUUAAUGUCCACUUCAGAAUAGCGGAUGGGAACAGCAGAAAUGUGUUCCGUGCAGAGGAGGACUGUGUUAGAGACUUCUGUUUCCUCAGGGUGAGAAAAAGUACAGGAAUGACCGAUGAGCUUAAUCGCGAACUGCACGAUCAUUACCGACUGAAGAUCAAGGCAGUUGGUAAAUAUAUUACGGGUCCUCAGUUUGAGGCUUUCACAUAUGUGGACAUUUUUGUUCUUGAUCUUAAUGAUCUCAGCCCACUGUUUUAUCCAGAAAAAUACAGCGUAAAUGUUCCGGAAAAUACACCACUCCACAAGAGUAUAAUACACGUGUCGGCAUCUGACGCAGACACCGGCAUAAACGGAGAAAUAUAUUAUUCAUUUGUCAAGCCGACAAACAUAUUCUCUAUUCACCCCACCAGUGGUGUGGUGUCGCUGACGAGACAUUUGAAGUACAGCGAAAUGAACUAUUAUGAGUUGAUCAUUGCAGCACAUGAUCGGGGUCCGCGAGAAGGCAGGUCGAUCUCGCGGGGGAACAAGGCGGUUCUCACGAUACGGGUCGAACCUGUUAAUUACAUGGCACCCGAAAUCAAGGUGCAGAAUCACCCGUCUGUCAUAGAACACGGCAGUCAAGGAACGGUGUAUGCAAUAAUCACCGUUUCCGAUAAAGACAAAGGGGAUAACGGUAAGAUUGACGUUGUGUGGAUAUCCGAGGGCAACAUUGGACAGAUGUUCCGAAUAGUGCGGGGGUCUGAUUCGGGGAUAUACAAUCUAGUCGUUAACACGGCCCUCGACCGAGAACAGAUGCCGUUUGGUUAUAACCUGACAAUUACUGCGUCUGACAACGGCAGGCCGCCAAGAACAACUUCAACGACCGUACAUGUCAGGAUUCAGGAUGCGAAUGAUCAUCAUCCCAAGUUUGAUCACGAUAUUUACAAAGCUAACGUCUCCGAAGUGGUUCCUGUUUUCACGCCAGUUUUAUUUGUUCAUGCUGGAGACAGAGACUUGGGACUGAAUGCUGAAGUCAGGUACAGAAUCGUAGGUGGCAACAAGAAUAACUUGUUUGUAAUUGAUCACGAUUCUGGUCUCAUCAGUACAAAUUCCACCCUGGAUGCUGAGCUGGUUUCUGAGAUCUCGCUGUUGAUCCAUGCAGAGGACCAGGCAAACUCUGAAACUCGCAAGAUUGGCAAGACACGGGUUGUCAUAGAUAUUCUUGAUUACAAUGACAAUGCUCCAGUCUUUAACGUGACCCAUUCUGCAGGAUCUGUCAAAGAAAAUGCUCCUAUUGGAACAUCAGUGAUGAAAGUUGCAGCAUGGGAUGCCGACAGUGGAGAAAACGGUAAAGUCAGUUUUUCAGUCACAAAUGCAGAUGAGGUGCCUUUUGAUGUUGACCAUUUUACAGGCAUCAUUCAAACCACGCAAAUUCUGGAUUACGAGACCAUGAGACGAACCUAUCAUGUUAAGAUCAGAGCAUCGGACUGGGGUGUGCCUUUUAGACAGGAAUCUGAUAAAGUGGUUACUAUCAAACUGGAGAAUGUUAACGACAAUUGUCCAGAAUUUGAGAAAACAGACUGCACUGGGUACCUAUCACGAGACACCAAGCCAGGCACUCAGCUUGUUAUUCUGCCAGCUAUAGAUUUUGAUGAUGGGAAUAUCAUCACCUACUCCAUUGUCAGUGGGAAUGAUGAUGACUGCUUCAAGAUAGAGCCAUCCACUGGAGCCAUAGCCCUCAGAGACUGUGAUUUGCUGGACUAUCCUCACAACGCGAGGAUCAUCAGUGUCGUGGCUACCGAUGGUGAGCUCAUGUCAACACCGACCACUGUGGAAAUGACUCUUGUGAACAGCAGACACAGCACCAAUCUGGGUUCAGAGGAAGUCAAUAUAAAGUGUAAGAAUACUGAUGUUCUACAACGGCUUCAGAAGAUGCUGGCUGACAACAACGACGAUGAUGAGCAUUUGUUAAGUUCUGUUGAGGUAUCUGGUGACAGUAUGAGUAAUAGCAAUGCCCCACAAUUUCUUGCAUCGGUUCCUUAUUACAUUGAGGUUUCAGAAGGAACUCCGAUCGGCACUACCAUCUUGAACAUUACUGCCGUAGACAAGGACACCAAUGCUUGGUACAACAGUAAGGUUUUGUAUGUCGUGUCUGUGGGUAACUCAGAUGGCAAGUUUAAGAUUGAUACUUUCAAUGGGAACCUGAUGGUCAUGUCAGGGCUGGAUCGAGAGCUGGUCUCAGAGUACAGGCUGCUGGUCACAGCUCAGGAUAUGGGUAGACCCAGUCGGACAGCCACUAGGUCCUUCAGAAUUGUAAUUGCCGAUGAAAAUGAUAAUAUACCAAAGUUUGAAUAUGAAAACUAUUCUACAACACUGUACGAAAACGUAUUGGUCAAUUCAACGGUUCUUCAAGUAUAUGCAAAUGAUGCAGAUUCUGGGAUGAAUGCAAGAAUUAUGUACUCCAUUCUUACAGACACUGAUGACUUCUCCAUAGAUUUACACACAGGAAUGAUUAAGGUAAAGAAUACUCUGGACAGGGAACGACAGAAAGUAUAUCACCUCGAGAUUGAAGCAAAGGAUACUGGGCAAAAGAAACGAUUGUCCUCUACCACACUUGUGACCAUUUCUUUGCUUGAUGUCAAUGACAACACACCAAAAUUUGUCCCCGAAACCUAUAACAUAAAGGUUCGUGAGGAUCUGCCCAUCGGCACUGUCAUAAUGACCUUGACAGCUGUUGACCCUGAUGCUAACGACAAUGGAAGGAUCACUUACAAGCUGGUGGACGGUAUGGAUUCAAAAUUUUCGUUAGACAAAUUGACAGGAACAAUUAGGAUUACCGAAAAGCUGGAUUACAAAGAGAAACAAGUGUUCAACAUUACGGCACGAGCGGAGGAUUGGGGGAAACCCAAACUGAUAUCUACGUGUUUGCUCAACGUGGAGGUGGUGGAUGUGAAUGAAAAUCUGCACCCUCCACAGUUUGAGAGUUUUAUUCGAAUGGGAUCUGUUGCAGAGAAUGAGCGGAUUGGUACGUUUGUAAUGCACGUGGUGGCACAUGAUCCGGAUGGCCCGGCGGACAAGAGUGGACAAAUUAUAUACUCUAUACAAGAUGGCACCGGUCUCGGAAGAUUUACCAUCGACACUAAUGGUACAAUCCGCACCAACCAGGUGUUGGACAGAGAGACAUCCUCGCACUACUGGCUGACCAUCUUCGCCCAGGACCGUGGUCUCGUGCCGCAGUUUGCCAGACAGGAAGUGCUUAUCGAGGUGCUGGACAUCAACGACAACGUGCCGCUGAGCAAGGAGCCGUGUUACCACGCGACUAUACCGGAGAACAGCCGUCGCGGUAUUCCGGUAGUGAAGAUCCAGGCCACCGACGGAGACAAGAACCCAGAACAGAGACUCCGCUUUGAGAUCACUGGCGGAAACCCGCAGCACUUCUUCAGGAUUGAUCCAGUUCACGGCGUGAUCAGCACAACAAACCGGUCCUUGAAUCGAGAGAAGCAAGCAGAACAUGCACUGGAGGUGACAAUUUAUGACAAUGGUAUUCCUGUAUUGUCAUCUACUACCAGAGUGGUGAUCAAGGUUGAUGAUGUGAAUGAUGAAAAGCCACGGUUCAUUGACAAGUCUCCAGAAAUCCAAGUCUUGGAGCAGAAACACGCAGGUCACGACAUCCCCAUCUACCGUGUGGUCACCAACGACCGCGACGUUGGACAGAACGCCAACGUGACGUAUUUCAUCAAAAACCAGCGUGGAAAUGGCCACACCAUGUUCAGGAUCAACCCUCUGUCCGGUUUGAUCUACUCCACCAAGGAUCUCGUCAGUGGAAAAACACAUGACUUGCAGAUCAAAGCUGUGGAUGGUGGCCAGCCUCCCAGGCGGGCCGGGGUGCGAAUUCGGAUUGAGAUUGUCGACCGGCCAACCUUCUCGGCACACCCACCGCGAUUCACCGAGUCCUCAUACUUCGUGUCGGUCACUGAAAACGACCCCAUCGGCCACCUGGUGGUCAUGUUGUCGGCAGAAGACGAUGAUGGCAACUCGAUCUGGUUCUCAAUCAUGGAUGGUGACGACGAGGGAAUGUUCAUGGUACAGCCAAAACAUGGCAGUCUGCUUCUGGCUCACCAGCUGGACUGGGAAACCAAGUCGAGCUACAACCUCACUGUGUGUGCCACCGAUGGCGUGCACGACACGUGUACUUGGGUUUAUGUGAAAGUGAUAGACAUAAACGACAAUGAGCCCGAGUUCUCCAACCUGAUCUACAUGGGCGAGGUGGUGGAGAGCGUGGAGGUGGGCAGCAGCGUGCUCCAGUUGACGGCCACCGACCGUGACGAGGACAAGAAACUCAUCUACACGUUCUCGUCGGCCGGAAACCUUGUCAGUUUGCACAAGUUCAACAUAAACCCUCACAACGGUAUUAUAAGUGUGGCUGAACCGCUGGACCGUGAAGCCUUGGCCCGCCACAUCCUCACCAUCAUGGUGCGAGACCGAGGAACACCGUCCAAGCGCAGCUUCGCCCGUGUCACCAUCAACGUGCUGGACCACAACGACCACACCCCACAGUUCCUGUCCACCAUGUUCGAGGGUCGCGUCUUUGAAACGGCGGCUGUGGGAACGUCCGUGGUGCAGACCUUUGCUACAGACAACGACAAGGGGGACAAUGCAGAAAUUUCAUUUUCCAUCCUGUCUGGUAAUGUUGGAGGCUCGUUUGUAAUAGACAGAAACGUCGGUAUCGUGUCAGUUGGAAAAGAGCUUGACCGUUCAGUACAACACGAGUAUGACCUUGUCGUCAUGGCAGCAGACAAGGGUGAGCCUUCGCUGAGCACCACGUGCGAGGUGAAGAUUCAUGUGACCAUGUCAAACAAUGCUCCCCCGAAGUUCUGGAAGAUGGAACGUACAGCCGAGCUGAGAGAAAACCAACCACCUGGGGUGGUCGUCAUCGCCAUCCAUGCCACAAGCCAGUCAUCCAUAGUGUACGACAUCUCGGCCGGAAACGACAAGGGAUAUUUCUCGAUAAACCCAAACUCGGGGGUCAUUUCAACCAAACAAGUUGUCGACUAUGAAACUGACCAGCUGUUCAAUCUCACGAUCACAGCGACAAACAUCGUGGGUGCGGAGACGACAUCGCACGUGACUGUUCACAUCCUGGACGAAAACGACAAUCAUCCGAGAUUCCACCAGCGUGUGUAUUUGGGAAACAUUAGCGAGGCAGCUCCACCCAACAGCAUGAUUCUCAGUCAGACCGGCUCACCGCUGGUGAUUAAGGGCAGCGAUGAGGACUCCGGGACGAAUGCUUUACUCACGUACGAAAUAACAGACCCCGAAGUGAAGGAGGUUUUCACAAUUGAUCCUGGCACGGGAGCGAUACGUACGAAAUUGUCUCUCGAUCACGAGAAGACGAGACAGUACAACUUCAGCGUCCAGGUGACGGAUCUCGGCAAGCCACGUCUUCGUGCCGAGACGCCAGCUGUGGUGAUAAUCACGGUCACUGACGUCAACGACUCACCCCCGCAGUUCUCAAACCACACAUACAGGACGCGCGUCCUCCUCCCAACCUACAAAGACGUUGCAGUGAUCCACCUCCACGCGCACGAUGCUGACUCUUCAUCGGACGACCUGCUGACCUACAGCAUCGUCGGGGGCAACGCCGGGAACAAGUUUGCACUGAACCCACAGACCGGCGUGAUGUUCGUGAGGAAGGAGACGGGAAUGGCGUCGAGGUACGAGCUCAAGGUUCAGGUCAGCGAUGGGAAGUUCGACAGCACCGCGACCGUCAUCAUCAGCGUCCAGCAGACCGUGGACAGCGGGUUACGCUUCACCAAGAAGGUGUACCUGGCCAGCGUGCAGGAGAACAUGUCCAUGAUCAAACGGCUCACGGUCGUCCAGACCGUCGGGCACAAGCUGAACGAACGUCUGAGGUUUGCGCUGCUCAACAACAAAGAUGAGUUCUCCAUUGGACACUCGUCCGGGGCACUCAAGACGAAGGGAAUCCCAUUCAACCGCGAGAUGCAGGACAACUACACGGUCGUCGUCAGGGUUACCAACUCUCGUGGACGAUUGGCGCACGUGGUUGUCAUGGUUACAGUGCUGGAUGAAAACGAUAAUGCCCCCAUGUUUGUGAACCAGCCAUACCACUCGGUGGUGUCGUUUGAUGCCGCUGAAGGAGAAAUUGUUAAAAGGGUGACGGCUGUUGACGUGGAUGAUGGUAAAAAUGGUGAUGUGCGAUACAGCAUCAUCGAUGGCAGUGACCAGAAGUUCCUCAUUAACCACAUCACUGGCGACAUCAGCGUGCGCACUCUGACGCACCGCGACCAGAACAAGGUCUUCUCGCUCAUGGUGGAAGCACAAGACAAAGGUCGCCCUCCCCAUCGUACGUUGAUCAAAGUGCCCAUCCACGUUAUAAACCGAGACAGUCCCAUCUUCGAGAAAUCAUUCUACAACGUGAGUGUGCCGGAGAACAUCGCCAUGCACUCGCCGGUACUCAGCAUCCAGGCCUUCAGUCCCAAGAACCAGAAACUCAUCUACUCCAUUACCAAGGGAGACAAGUACGGCGACUUUGCUGUUGACUUCAACACAGCCAUGGAUGUGUUAGGCCCAUGUUUGGUAUCUGUGAUUGGUGAGAUCGACUACGAGGAAAAGCCAAGCUAUGAGUUGACGUUGCGGGCUACAGACACUGACACGGGCAGCUACACUGAAGCUCUCAUCUUUGUCAGGCUACAGGACCACAACGACAAUGCACCAGUGUUUCACAGUCAGCGUUACACCACCACCGUGCUGGAGAUCAGUCCCAUCAGCACUCCUGUCCUCACCGUCAGCGCCAACGACAGUGACACCGGCUCCAACAGCUUCGUGCACUACAGCAUCGCGCCCAACUACAUGGGCAGCUCGGACGUGGAGCACUUCCACAUGAACUCUGAGACGGGCGUCGUCAUGACGAAGAAACCCCUCGACCACGAGAACCAGUCGGAAUACUUCUUCCUGGUGGUCGCCACAGAUAGCGGCAUGCCAGCGCUCAGUUCCACUGCUCUCGUGCAUGUCAUCGUCAUGGACGUCAACGACAAUCCUCCACGCUUCAGCCAACCGUCCUACGACUGCACCAUCACAGACCAGGUGCAGCGUGGUCAACUCGUCAUGAAACUCAUCGCCACUGACAACGACCAAUCGGACGGGGGCUCUCUGUAUUUCUCCAUCAUCGACGGAAACGAAAAGCAGGCCGUAUCGAUCAACUCGACAUCGGGGCUAAUAUCGAUUUCCCGACAACGCAGCCCGAAGUUAGACGCCUCGUACACUCUUAACGUCUCCGUCAGCGAUGGGGUGUACACAAGUUUCGCCCGGGUCACCAUAUCUGUGAGAAAUACAAACAGGCAUUACCCCCAGUUCACGCAGAUAUCAUACUAUGCUGAGUUGGCAGAGAACAUGGGCGAAGGACUCUACGUGGCGUCGGUGUUGGCUAUUGACAACGAUCACGGCACGUAUGGGAUGCUGACCUACACCAUUCAGAGUGAGGCUCUGCAGGAGAUCUUCAGAAUAGAUGCCGAUACAGGAGAGCUCUUCACGAAGACAACCCUGGACCGGGAAAAGCGGACGGGUUACAUGAUCCCUGUGGCUGCCACGGACAACGGUGGCCACACCAGUCACACCACGGUGCAUGUGAAUGUGCGCGACGCCAAUGACAACCUUCCCAAGUUCCUCAUGCAGGAAUACAAGGGCAACGUCUACUACAACGCAACUGUCGGCACAUUCAUUCUGCAGGUAACAGCAGUGGAUGCUGAUGAAGGUGUCAAUGGGAAGGUGAUCCAUUCCAUCUAUGACAGUGAAAACCUAGACGUCAUGGACGUGUUUGAAAUAGAUGCCGACACCGGUGUUCUGAGAGUUAGAUCCAGCCUUGAGGCCUACACUAACAAUGUUUACCAGUUUUUUGUGCGAGCGAGAGACCAGGGCCAGCCGUCUUUGGAAGACCAUGUGUCGGUCCACAUCGUCAUCAUGGGGGCAAAUGAUGUCGCACCCAAGUUUGACAAGACAGAGCAUGCAUUCUUCAUUCCCGAGAGUGAGCAAAUCGGUAGCGUCAUUGCAACGAUCAAAGCUGUAUCAGACCGACCAGUCACUUACAACAUCAUGAGGGGCUUCACGGCAAGCAGCAAUGAUCCGCCAAAAUUCAGCAUCGGCAACGACGGCCAGAUCCGUGUUAUUCAGGAUCUCGACCGAGAGGAAACGGCCGCCUACCAUCUUUCCAUCAAGGCCGAAUCGCAGACUUCCCCUCCUCUCAUCGCGUACACGAAAGUCAACAUCCAGCUUCGUGACAAGAAUGACAACGACCCUGUGUUCGACUCGAACCCGUAUGUCGUGACGGUUGUCGAGAACGCCGAGCCAGGCAUGGAACUCGUACAGCUGCACGCACAGGACGCAGACCACCCGGCUUCAUUCAGCUUCACGUUCGGUCACAACAUGGAGAAGCUGGCCAACAUCUUCCACAUGGAUUCCCACACGGGCUGGCUCACCCUGAGCACCACGCUAGACCGGGAGCAGCAGAACGAGUACAACAUCAGCGUCGUGGUGUACGAUUCUCCGUCGCGCAUCGGCGGCCGCCGGCGAAGCACGUCUACGUCAGUUCUCGUGACUGUGACGGACCACAACGACAACCCACCGGUGUUCGACCGCCAGCUGUACAAGUCGGCUGUCAACGAAGAGGCGUUGCCGGGGACGGUGCUGGUGUUCGUUCACACCACCGAUGCCGACGUGGGGGCAAAUGCCGAGGUGUUUUACUACAUCAUCGAUGGCGAUCCCCUCAACCAGUUCCAUGUGCACAGCAAUGGCGAGGUGUUUGUGAACAAGGCGCUAGACCGAGAGACAACCAACCACUACAGGCUGACUAUCGCAGCCACGGACGGGGGAUUCGUGAGUACAGCCAUCAUCUCCAUCGACAUCCUCGACGAUAACGACCACUCGCCAAAGUGUGAUGAGAUUGAAACUGCGUGGAAGGGCUGGGCCGAGAAUUUGCCGAUUGGUAGUCCUAUCGUUCAAGUUCAUGCCUCGGAUGACGACGAAGCCGGGACAAAGAAUGCCAAAAUUAGAUACAGCAUCAGUGGGUUCGGAUCUGAGAUGUUCAAAAUUGACAAAGAAAGCGGUGUAAUUCAAACGAGACAAGCGUUGGAUCGUGAGACCCACUCUGAGUACCGACUGAUGGCGAAGGCUGUGGAUGGGGGUGGUCGGUCAUGUCAGGUGGAGGUGCUCGUCUUCCUCAAGGACGUCAACGAUAACGCCCCCGAGUUCACCAUGACUGCCGACACGUUCAGCAUCCACGAAGACGCCAGAGUCAACACACUGCUCACCCGGGUUACAGCAAUUGAUAAAGACAGCGGUAUCAACCGACAAAUUCAGUACAAACUGGGUGAAUCGACCCCACGAGAGUUCUCGAUUGAUCCUCAGAGUGGCAUCGUCAGUCUGGUGGGCACGCUGGAUAGGGAAAAGAACUCCAAAUACGACAUUACUGUUGUCGCUUUCAAUGUGGGUUCGCCUGAAGUGUCGUCGGAGACAAUGAUUCACGUGGUAGUGCUGGACGUGAACGACAACCCGCCCGAGUUUGAGCGCACCAGCUACUACAUGUCGAUCAGGGAGGACGCCGCCAUCAGACAGAGGGUGAUCACCAUCACCGCCACCAGCCGCGACAUCGGCAUCAACGCAGACCUCACAUACUCCAUUGUCGCCGGCAACGAGCAGGGCAAGUUUCUCGUGGAAGAGAAAACAGGAGUCAUACGAGUUGCAGAACCACUGGAUCACGAACUGUCCCGAGAAUACUUCCUGACGUUGAUGGCCAAGGACAACGGUAUCGCGCCCCUCAGCAACACGGCCAUUGUGAACAUCAACAUCACCGACGUGAAUGACAACGCGCCACAGUUCGGACAGCUGUCUUACAGCACCACCAUCCGAGAAGAUGCAAAAGAAGGGACACAACUCAUACAUGUAUUGGCCACUGACGCGGAUAGUGUGCCGAAUGCCCAGAUUACAUACAUCGUAGCGAGUGGUAACAACGACGGGAUGUUUCUCAUUGGUCCUGUGGAUGGCAUACUCCGCAUCAAGGAGCCACUUGACAGAGAGAAGGUUGGGAGUUAUGCCCUGGUGAUACAAGCUAGGGACUCGGGGAGCCCGAGUUUGACAGCCACAGCCAUCAUCAACAUUGAGGUGCUGGACGCAAAUGACAACCCACCACACUUCAGUCAGGAGAACUACACAGCAUUUGUCCAGAGAACGAAACUGAUGGAUGAGGGUCGCAGGGUAGGAAUCCAGAUCCUGCAAUUUUCUGUUACCGACGACGACCAGCCAGAAAACCAGGGUCCAUUCUCUUUUGACAUCAUCCGUGGCAACGACGACGAAGAAUUCCAUGUUAAUGCCAUUGGCAUCCUCAGUACAGCGGGAAAGCUGAACAAACAGAUCAAAGACGUGUACAGGCUGACGAUACGAGCGUUUGACAGCGGCCAGCCUCCGCAGUACUCCGACACCAUCAUCACCAUUCACAUCAUCGAUGAAAGCAUGCAUGCACCCGUGGUGCGUAAUCUUUCCAUAGCCAUCAGCUCGUACAUGGAUAAAUUUGCCGGUGGAGUCAUUGGUAAAGUGGAGGCACAGGACUCCGAUCCGUAUGAUGAGCUGAUCUUCACAGUCGUCUCGCCCAACCAGCAUUUGUUUGAAGUGCGCAGCGACAAUGGUCUUGUGAUAGCCCACGCUGGUCUCGACGCUGGGAAUUACAUCAUCAACAUCAGCGUCACUGAUGGCAAGUUCUCAUCGUAUGGCAUCGUUGGGGUCAAGGUCUCGUCGGUGUCGGAAGAAAUGGUCGACAGUGCUGUGACAGUCCAGUUCAGGAACAUGAUCCCCGAACAGUUCUUUGCUUCCAUUAAAAAAGACUUCCAGAGAGUUCUGAAAAGGGAGUUAAGUGUCCGUGCCAGUGAUGUCCAGAUCAUCAACGUGCAGCCGUCCGUGGAAAGUGUAGGUGCUGCACGGAAGAAGAGAAGUGCGGAGAACAAUCUUGACGUCCUGUUCGCUGUACGCAAAUCACCUGACAAGUUCUACAACCGGAACGCUCUACGGCGCAAGGUGGAUCGUGCCAAAGGAGAGAUAGAGAGGAUUUUAGGGGUAGAUGUUGUGAAGGUGUUCAGCGACAUCUGUACCAAGUCGCACUGUGAUGAGGGCUCAUGUGUUGGUGGAGUUGACUUUGAUGGGAACAACCUUGUCCCUGUGGUCGUCGGGGGUGACAGUUUUGUGUCUGCUCGACACAAGUACACAUACCACUGCAUUUGCCUUGAUGGUUCCUGCCCCGAGGAGACUCGUAAAUGUGGUGGCAGCACGUGUCCCCCGUACAAGCUGUGUGAGCAGGAUGCACUCGGUCGAUACAGCUGUAUCUGUCCUAACGCCAAGACUGGAGAGCACUGUGACGAGGAAAUAGAGAGGUGUCGACCAACCGACAUCAACUGUCAGACAGGAGAAAGGCCAAUGACAUUCAUUGGUAGAAGCUAUGCGAAAUGGACUCUCGGUCUUCAGACGGACAAACGUUUGACUCUGUCAAUGUGGAUACGAACUCGCAAGUCAACAGCCAACCUCAUGUACUCUAAGGGUAGAGUAGACUACAGCAUUCUUGAGAUAAUCAAUGGGAUGCUGCAGUAUCGAUUUGACUGUGGUAGCGGUCCUGGAUUAGUGCGAAUUCCGAUUGACGUGAACGACGGGAAGUGGCAUAAAGUGAUGGUGGAGCGGAAUGGACGUUCGGCAGAACUGCUUCUCGACGAAACAUACAAAGCAAUGACAAUCGCCCCAGGUGGGAAUGAUAUUCUUAAUCUCGAUACAGACGACAUCUACUUCGGCGCCGAAGUGAACAUUCUGCACACGGGAUACCGCGACAUCACGAAAGGCUUCGAGGGCUGCAUCAAAGACAUUCGGCUGUUUGACAUCCCGUUGUUGUUCAGCGGAAGUAAUAAAGUUUCCGUGUCGCAGGAGUUUGAACAAGUUGACUUCCACUGUAAAGAGGAUCCGUGGCAAUACCCUGGAGAAAAUAUUUGUAGCAGUUUUCCAUGCAUGCAUGGUGGCACCUGCAUGUACACGGGUUUGAACUCAUACAAGUGUCAGUGUAAGAGCCGUUACUAUGGAGACAAGUGUGAGGUUGACAGUGAUCCGUGUCAAGACAUGCCAUGUACUCAUCAAGGACAGUGUUUGAUGGACACGGAUAUCCCGAAUGGCUACCAGUGCCAGUGUCCAGGGCGGUUUCAGGGCAAGAGGUGUGAAUAUGGCCACAACUGCAUUCCCAACCCAUGUCAAAAUGGUGGCACCUGUAUCGAGGGACCAAACUCUCCAAUAUGUCACUGUAUUCCUGGAUUCAAAGGUCCUCGGUGUGACCUGACAUCCAAUAUCUGUCAGACCAAUCCGUGCCUGCAUGGUGGCAUCUGUCAUGUGCGCAAUGGCCAAUACUUCUGCAACUGUACGACAGGCGAACUGGAGUCAUAUGCGAGGAAGUCUACAUUCCGUCCAUCAUAUCCUCAUCCAGUGGAAUCAACAUCGAGGAAAUUUAUGGCAUAGCAGGCGUUGGUGUGGGAUUAAUCCUGAUUGUGAUAAUCUUUGUUUCCUGUCGUAUCUGGAGGCGCAGGAAGCGUGAACGGCGACGUAACAACAUCACUCCAGGCAUUGCUAUGAAUCAGGACGAGAUAUAUUUUCAG